UCACCCCUCUCCAUGUCCCCCUCCCUGGCCUUCUCCUUCGCCUUUUCCUCCCUCUCCCUGACCCUCUUAAUGACCCUAUCGUCUCUCACUUUCUCUUUCACCCCUCUUCUCGGCCCUCUUCUGCCUCUCUUUGUCUCUUUCAUCUCUCUCCUUGGCCCUUUCAAUGACCCUCUCCUUCGUCUUUUCCUCCCUCUCCCUAGCCCUCUCAAUGGCCCAGUCAUCCCUCUUUUUCUCUCUUUCACCGCUCUCCUCGGCCCUCUCCUGCCUAUCUGUCUCUUUCAUCCCUUCCUUGGCACUUUCAAUGGCCAUCGCCUCCCUCUCUUUCGCCAUCUCCUCCCUCUCCCUGGCCCCUCAAAGGCUCUGUUGUCCCUCUAUUUCUCGCUUUCACCUCUCCUCUCAUGCCUCUCUUUGUUUCUUUCAUCUCUCUACUUGGCUCUUUCAAUGGCCCUCUCCUCCCUCUCCCUGGCCCUCACAAUGGGCCUGUUAUCCCUCUCUUUCUCUCUUUCACCCCUCUCCUCGACCCUCUCCUGCCUCUCUGUCUCUUUCAUCUCUUUCCUAGGCCCUUUCAAUGACCCUCUCCUCCCUCUCCCUGACCCUCACAAUGGCCAUGUCGUCCCCCCCUCUCUCUCUCUCUUUCACUCCUCUCCUCGGCCCUCUCCUGCCUCUAUUUGUCUCUUUCAUCCCUUCCUUUGGCCCUUUCAACGGCCCUCUCCUCCCUCUCCUUCGCUUUUUCCUCUCUGGUCCUGUUGUCCCUCUAUUUCUCUUUCACCCCUCUCCUCGGCUCUGUCCUGUCUUUCUGUCUCUUUCAUCCCUCUGCCUGGCCCUCUCCUCCCUAUCGGCCUCCCUCACUGCCUUUUGUCCCUCUCCUCCCGAUUGCCUAAUCACUCAGCCUUCACAACAUCUCCCCUACUCCCCCACAACUAUUGCUCGCCAUCCUACGCAUACAUCUUGCCCCUCUUAUCAUCUGCAGCGCAUCAUCGCCAACACCACUAG